CACAAUAAAUUGUUAUGGAUUUGGGGUCUAGAUGAAUUAAGAGGUUUUUUUGUCUUUAUAAUAUCAUUGUUGAUGGGUCAUUUAACGGAAUCGAUGUAUCUAACCUGACUUGGAGAAGUUUACGUUGGAACGUCCCUCUCAGACUGAACAACAAAGCGCACCUGCUGACCGCGAGCGCCGUCUACCUAUAUAUAAAAGAACUGACUCGUGCCGAAGCAAAGCAACCCGGUGAUUGGAAUGGGUUUCAGCUGAUUCUCUGUUUAUAUUUUCACCUGUACAAUAGCACUAUCAAUAUCUUACACCUUCUGAAGUAGAUUAAUUAAUUAAUUGAAAAUGGCCGGAAUACAACAGUUUGUCGGCUCCUGGGAGGAAACGACCAAGGAGGGGUUCGAGGAGAUGGCCAGCGCCUUAGGACUACCACCCGAGAAAAAACAGAUGUACAGCGACGCUAAGACGACCAUAUCGUACGCCAUCUCCGGGGACUCGGUGACUAUCAAUGUGGGGCUUGUUGGUGUACCUGGUAGCAGACAAUUUACCUUCAAGUUAGGAGAGCCGUACGACUCGGCCGACUUGGAUGGCUCUCCAAUGAAGAGUCUUGUCAAUUUAGAGGGCGACAAACUUAUAGAGAAACAUACCAACAACAACCUGCAAGGAGCAGAAAUGAACAUCCAGCGAUGGAUAGAUGGACAGACGAUGAUGGUGCAAACAACAUGUAAUGGAUUGUCCAUGAUGUCAAAAUACAAGAAAUCUGCCUGACCAAUCACAGAUAUGGUUGCAUCACUUCACAAAAGUGAACAUUUGACCAAUCGCAUGUCUUCGUACGGCGCUUUUUGAAGGAAUUCCAUCUUAGUUGUUGUAAUGUUCGGAACAUUGGAGUUCAUUGUUUCAUAUCCAUCCAAUGGCGAUGUGGAGAUUCAUUACAUUCUAAGUUCUGUCAAUGCUUGAAACAGAUUUAUUUAUUGUAUGUGAUAUCUAUUGUCCAUAAAAUGGUAUGCAAUACC